CAAGACAAAAUCUUACCUUUAUUCACAAUACCCUUUAGGAAAAUACAGUUUUUUUCUGUUCUCCUCCUUCUCUGAACACCAAAAUCUCUUGUCAAAGAUCACCAAUUUCUCUCUUUUAUGUCUCUGUAAGUUCAAAUCAAGCAAUGAUAUCCUUUUUAUUCAUUAAAGUUUCAACCUUUUAUUGUUUGUAAAUACAAAAGAUUCAGGCCUUUUUCCUUAUUUCAUCACAAACAAAUCCUUAGCACAUUUGUUUAUGCUCUUGUUUGGUUCUUGAUUCUAUCAAUACUGUUAGUUUUAUUGGAAAUUCAACAAUGAGACCCUCUUGUAGAUUUUUCUUAUCUAAGAAGAAUCGAGUCUUUUUUAAGCUCCAUCAUAGUCUAACAAGCAAUUUAUCAGGGAACCAGUUUAAUUUUGAGAAAAACAAGCAGUUUUUUACCUACCCUUUUAGAAUCUUGGGGCCCGGGACCAUUUUCAAUGAAGCCCAGAAAUCUUUUUGUGCUCCCUAUAUCAGUUUUGGCCAAUCUCGGCUUAUAACAAGAGACUUUAGGGGGGUUUCUAUUGUUGCUAGUGUUGCAUCACAAGUUAGAAAGUUUUCAACAUCUGUUGAGACAAGAGUGAAUGAUAAUAAUUUUGAGAGAAUUUAUGUGAAAAAUGGGAUCGGUAUUAAGCCUUUGGUGGUUGAGAGGAUUGAUAAAGAUGAGAAUGUUUUAGGGGACGAAGAGUCUAGGAUAGGGGUGCUUGUUGAUGAUUGUGAAAGUGUAAAUAGAGAGAAUUUGGACGGUGGUCAAGAAGUUGAGAUUGUUAGUCCUAAGAGGGAAGAGAGCGAGAUAGAAAAGGAGGCAUGGAAGUUGUUGAAUGAUGCUGUUGUUACGUAUUGUGGGAGUCCUGUGGGAACUGUGGCCGCGAAUGAUCCUGGGGAUAAGAUGCCAUUGAAUUAUGAUCAGGUGUUUAUUCGUGAUUUCGUGCCUUCAGCUCUUGCUUUUUUGCUCAGAGGAGAAGGAGAGAUUGUGAAGAAUUUCCUGCUUCAUACCUUGCAAUUGCAGAGUUGGGAGAAAACAGUGGACUGCUAUAGUCCAGGCCAGGGGCUGAUGCCAGCCAGUUUUAAAGUCAGAACGGUGCCUCUUGAUGACAGUAAAUUUGAAGAAGUUUUAGAUCCAGAUUUUGGUGAAUCAGCUAUUGGCCGUGUUGCACCUGUAGAUUCUGGAUUGUGGUGGAUUAUUUUGUUGAGGGCAUAUGGGAAACUCACUGGUGACUAUGCCUUACAAGAAAGGGUGGAUGUUCAGACUGGCAUAAAACUGAUCUUGAACUUGUGCUUAACUGAUGGGUUCGAUAUGUUUCCUUCUCUACUAGUCACUGAUGGCUCCUGCAUGAUAGAUCGGCGGAUGGGUAUCCAUGGCCACCCCCUUGAGAUCCAAGCCUUGUUUUACUCAGCUUUACGAUGCUCUCGUGAGAUGAUAGUUGUAAAUGAUGGAUCAAAGAAUUUAGUGAGGGCUAUCAACAACAGACUCAGUGCUCUGUCGUUCCACAUUAGAGAAUACUAUUGGGUAGAUAUGAACAAGAUCAAUGAGAUAUACCGGUAUAAAACAGAAGAGUAUUCUACAGAAGCCACCAACAAAUUCAAUAUUUAUCCUGAACAAAUUCCAUCAUGGCUCAUGGACUGGAUACCUGAGGAAGGCGGGUAUUUGAUUGGCAAUCUGCAGCCAGCUCACAUGGAUUUUAGGUUUUUCACUCUUGGAAAUCUUUGGUCCGUUGUUUCAUCUUUGGGCACUCCAAAACAUAAUGAAGCUAUUCUAAAUCUGAUUGAAGCCAAAUGGGAUGAUCUUGUGGGAAAUAUGCCUCUUAAGAUAUGCUACCCUGCUCUAGAGCAUGAAGAUUGGCGUAUAAUCACUGGCAGUGACCCAAAGAACACCCCUUGGUCAUAUCAUAAUGGUGGGUCGUGGCCAACACUUCUGUGGCAGUUCACUUUGGCAUGCAUAAAGAUGAGCCGAGUUGAACUAGCUCAGAAGGCGAUUGCUUUGGCUGAGAAGAGACUUAAAGUUGACCGUUGGCCAGAGUAUUAUGACACCCGAACUGGGAAGUUUAUCGGAAAGCAAUCCCGUCUCUAUCAAACAUGGACGGUUGCAGGGUUCCUAACAUCGAAAGUUCUCUUGGAGAACCCACAUAGGGCGUCCUUAUUAUUCUGGGAUGAGGAUUAUGAGCUUCUUGAGAUAUGUGUUUGUGGACUUAACACGAGUGGCCGAAAGAGGUGUUCUCGAGGCGCUGCUAAGUCUCAGAUUCUUGUGUAGGAUGAUGCAUAGGCAGAAUUUCUGUUACUGUACAGCUAUGCUAUUAGGAUAGACUGAUAAAACAGUGAUUUUCAACCACAAAAGGAAGAAGUUAUACUAGCAGCAGCAUCCUCAUACACUACCAGACCAUGGUCUCAGUUUAAUUAUCAUGUUAAUGAGCCGAUUAAUUAGCUAAGUUGGUCAGUGCUGUAUUUUUCCAUUGUUGUAUUGUUCCCGUAGUCAUAUCUAGUUUGUAUAUUAUUACAAUGAUCUUUACACAUAUUUUUAAUGUAUCAAACUAGGGUUUUCCUGCAA